GAGGGAGGGAGGACAGCGAGUGCGCAAAUAGGCAGGCAGGCACAUCAGCAGCAGCGGCAGAGCAUCUUCUUGAUCCUGAUCUCCCGUGUCUUCAGCUGCCAAUCCUCUCUGUGCGUCUCUGGUUGAGAUUCCACUGCCGGCAGAAGUGUCCAGAAGCCUCCGCCAACCAUCACCUCCCACCACACACUUUCUCUGGAGCUCGGUUAUUCUUAGCUCAGCGGCGAGAGACUGUCCUUCCGGUCCAUCUCUUAUUUAUCCCAGUUUCUUGAAUAUUUAAUGGAAAAUGGCGAUCUGCGCGCAGUCGUACGGUAUUUUCUGCCUCCUUACAAUCCAAACUGUACUUAUCAUAUGUGUCUCCACGCCGACAGACGGGACCCACCUCUUCCCCCAGCACUACACAAUGAUUCACUGGGCUGGACGCAUCGAGAAGGAGCUGGAAAAGGUUCUGCAGCACGUCACCGGAACUCAGCAGAUGAGAUCAAUUUAUAAUGAGAAGAAGAGCCAGUUUGAAAUCAAGAGAAACAACCCCAAGGACUUGGUGGAGAGAGUGGCACGGGACAUCUCCAAGCUGCUCAACAGUAAGAGGAAAGCCCUGGAGAAACUGGCCAGGGAGGCGGAGCAGCUUCAGAAGGAGCAUGUAUGGCAAGACGGUGUGACGGAGAAUGCCAUUUCAUACUACGAUUCCAAAGCGGAUUCAGAAUAUCAGGGGGAGGAUGGAGAAGAGGAGAACCCGCUGGAGAGCUCGACCUCUAUGGAGCUGGAGUUUGUAGACGAUCCCAAUUUUAAAUACAAGAUCAACUACUCUUCAAGUGCGGUCCAGAUUCCUACAGACAUAUACAAAGGCUCUCCAGUCAUCCUAAACGAGUUAAACUGGACCCAGGCGCUGGAGAGGGUCUUCAUUGAAAACCGGAGGGAGGACAGCUCUCUGCGCUGGCAGGUGUUUGGCAGUGCCACAGGAGUGACUCGAUACUACCCAGCCACUCCAUGGAGGGCACCCAAGAAGAUUGACCUGUACGACGUCCGCAGAAGACCUUGGUAUAUUCAAGGUGCAUCGUCUCCAAAGGACAUGGUCAUCAUUGUGGAUGUGAGUGGAAGUGUUAGCGGACUCACUCUGAAGCUGAUGAAAACCUCCGUAGUGAAGAUGCUGGAGACUCUAUCAGACGACGACUAUGUGAAUGUGGCCAGGUUCAAUGAGAAGGCCGAUGCAGUCGUACCAUGCUUCAGGACUUUGGUCCAAGCCAAUGAACGGAACAAGAAGAUCUUCAAGGAGGCUGUCAAGCAUAUGCAAGCCAAAGGAACCACAGAUUACAAGUCUGGCUUCACAUUUGCCUUUGAACAGCUUCUCAAUGAGAGCAGUGCCCCGAGGGCCAACUGCAAUAAGAUGAUAAUGAUGUUUACAGAUGGUGGGGAGGAUCGUGCACAGGAAAUCUUUGAGAAGUACAACUGGCCCAACAAAACGGUUCGCGUGUUCACCUUCUCUGUUGGCCAGCAUAAUUAUGAUGUAACCCCUUUGCAGUGGAUAGCCUGUGCUAAUAAAGGUUACUACUUUGAAAUCCCAUCGAUUGGAGCCAUCAGAAUCAACACCCAGGAGUACCUGGAUGUCCUGGGUCGUCCCAUGGUGUUGGCUGGGAAUAGAGCGAAGCAGGUGCAAUGGACAAACGUCUACCAGGACGCUCUGGGUUUGGGCCUUGUCAUCACUGGGACGAUGCCGGUCUUCAACCUCACUGUUGAUACUGUAAGCCCUCAGAACCAGCUCAUCCUCGGAGUCAUGGGAGUAGAUAUUGCAAUCAACGAAAUCAAAAGGAAGACACCUACAUACAGACUUGGAGCCAACGGCUACACCUUUGCCAUUGACCCGAAUGGAUAUGUACUGCUGCAUCCCAACCUGCGACCCAAAAUCUUUGACUUCAGGGAGCCCGUCACUCUCGACUUUCUUGACGCAGAGCUGGAGGACAGCAACAAGGAGGAGAUCCGUCGACAGAUGAUUGAUGGCAAAUCAGGGCAAAGAAAAAUCAAGACGCUCAUUAAGUCAGUUGAUGAGAGGUACAUCGAUGAGGCCAUGCGGACGUACACAUGGACGCCUGUAGAUGGUACAGAUUACAGUCUAGGGUUGGUACUGCCCACAUAUAGUGAGAACCACAUCAAGGCCAACCUGAGUGACCAGAUCCUACAGGUGCAGUGGCCAUACAACAAGGAUUUUGAAUCACUGCUGCCAAACAGUUUUGAGUCUGAAGGACAUGUAUUCAUUGCUCCCAGGGAGUACUGCAAUGAUCUAGAACUGUCCAACAACAACACAGAGUUCCUGCUCAACUUCAUUGCUCUCAUGGAGAAGGUGACACCGGACUCCAAACAAUGUGACAAUCUGCUCCUCCAUAACCUGAUUCUGGACACUGGCAUCAUCAGGCAGCUGGUCGAGAAAGUGUGGAAGAAUAAAGACUUGAAUACAUAUGGCUUUCUGGCCGUGUUUGCUGCAUCAGAUGGAGGUGUAACAAGAGUGUUUCCCAACAAGGCUGCAGAAACCUGGGAGGAAGACCCUGAGCCGUUUAAUGCCAGCUAUUACCGCCGCAGUCUGGACAACAAAGGCUACAUCUUCCGAGCGCCUUAUCGAACAGCCCGGGACGAGCUGCUGAACCCAGAGAACGACACCAUAGGGAUCCUGGUCAGCACGGCUGUGGAGAUCACAGUAGGAGGGAAGACCAUCAAACCUGCAGUGGUCGGAGUAAAACUCGACCUUGAAGCCUGGACGGAUAAGUUCAAGAUUCUUGCCAGCAACCAUACUGACAACCAUCAGGGCUCAAAUACAUGCGGACCAAACAGGGGCUGUGAAAUGGACUGCGAAGCCAACAGUGAGGAUCUCCUGUGCUAUUUAAUAGAUGACGGAGGAUUCCUAAUCAUGUCUAAUCAGAAGGAAGAAUGGAACAAGGUGGGCAUGUUCUUCAGCGAUGUGGAUCCCUACUUGAUGUACGCACUCUACAACAAUUCCUUCUACACCCGCAAGCAGUCAUUUGACUACCAGUCUGUGUGUGAGCGGGUGCCCGUCGGUGAAACGGGGGCUGCACCCAGAGGAGUGUUUGUGCCCUCAAUUGCAGAUUUUGUAAACGUGGCUUGGUGGACAUCAGCAGCUGCAUGGUCCUUGUUCCAACAGUUUAUAUAUGGACUGGCUUAUCACAGUUGGUUUGUCAGAGAUGAGGUGGAUGCAGACGGAAUAGACUUGAAUCGAGAGCGGAGUUGUGUAAUGAUCCAGACCCAGUACUACUUAAGUAAUCUCAGCAGCUCCUACAACAUACUGCAAGACUGUGGCAACUGCUCCAGGCUGAUUCAUGCCAAGAGGAUAAACAACACCAACUUGCUGUUUGUGGUGGCGGAGAAGAUGCCAUGCAACACCUGCGAGAUAGAGAAGCUGUCCCAUGAGGAGGAGGAGUUCAAGGAGGACAAUCCAUGUGAAGAAAUUAGUGUGGCGCGCUAUCGAAAAGGACCCUCCACAUGCUUUGACAAUAACCUCUCUGAGAACACGUCAGACUGUGGACGGGGCCACUCCUUCCGUCCGUCCCUCUACACCUUACUGCUCAUUCAGCUGCUUCUGCUCUAUCCGGCCGUCAGCCCCCACUUUCACUAUCUACUACAUUAAUUCCUCCACUUAUCCUCCUUUUAGCCUUCCCCACCUAAAACCCUCCAACCCCACCUCCAUGCCCCCAUGCCCUCCCCCCUGAUAUAGUCAUAGGUAAUAAUGGGACUUCCCUUCACUGCAAGUUGGAAGCCCUGAGUGCCGCGCUACCCAGCUCGCUUCAGUUUGUGUCGCAUAGUGACAACUGCCGGACGUGUGUGUCCUCAGCCAGUUAACCUUCAUCUGCCGGAGGCGUGGGUGGUGCUGCACCACCUGGAUCAUCAGAGGCAACGUCAGAAAAGAGAAUACAACCCCCCCCCCCCCCGCCCCUUCUCCUCCCAAUGUCCACCCCACCAUCCAGAGAAGGGAGGGGCAAGAGGACAGGCUGGUGUCCUCGUCACAGACCUCCCGCCUCAUACAGACUGGAGAGUUGAGGUCGUCUGUCCGCCUCCGCCUCUGUCCGUCAGACAGACGGUGGGACUUCUCCUUCUUCUUCUCUCCUCCAUCUCAGAGUCUCGCCGCUCUGUCAUCCGCCUCUCGUAAGAGGCUUUGGACCGUUCAACCAGUUAUAGCCGCCACCAUAAAAGAAAAUAACAGAUUAAAAAAAGAACUGUCAAGUAUACAAAAUGUCAAGUAUAAACCGCUGAAGUGAAGAGUAUUCCAAGCAUACAGUAUAUUUAGGUUUUCAUUUGAAAAGGAAGUUGUUUAAGUGUUUAUUUAAAAAGACAUGAAUUAAUUGUAUGCACUAUAUCUACUUGCCAAAAUGAGAUAGACUUUCAUGUGGUCUUAUUUUUUUAUAGCCAAAACACGAGGAGGGAAUGGCUUCUGAUUUAGAUUUAGGAUAAACCAUGUGAGGAAGAGGAGACACUGAAUGCUGAUUCAUUUUGUGCAGCACCUAAUUACAGAUUAAUGCUUUUAAAAGACGUCGACUGGGGAUUAUUGUAAUUACAUGAUGGUAAUCGCAUUUCUUCAAGUAUUUCUCCUCAUAUUUACUAUUUAAGGCUAGUGCUAUCUGACUUACAACACUAGUGACAGCUGUGAAAUAUGAAUCAGUGUUUAGUCACUUCAGUGUCGUGUAUUAUUCUCCUUUAUGAUCAAUCGACCAUUCUGACCUCUGGUUUUGGACUGAUGUUUAAAAAGAAAAAAAAGAAAUCCCUGUGGUCUCUGAAGCAAAAGCUCAUCUCUGCCAAUCCUCAUGAGGCUUCUCCAGUAACCUCUACUAACUCUCCUAAUCACGAUUUAUAAAUGUGCUUUACUUCUGGUCACCUGACAGACACAGCAAGAUCUCUGCCUCAUGACCGUCUCAUAGUAGUUCCGGGUGGGUUUUUACUUUUACCUUUGACUGAUGCUGUUCAAACUUCAAAACCAUUCGCUGCUGGGGGAUCGGGGCUUAUCAACAUUUCCAACAAAAGUGCAGAAGAGGCAACUAAAUAUGGUGAUCACGUACAGUAGUAGUCUGGUUGUAAUGCGUCGCACUUCAUCAUUUGAUCAUUCCGAUGUUUAGGAGCCGCUCUGUUUCAUAGUGCCUUGAUGCACUUUGUUUUUUGGACCACAUGGGCUGUAUAAGAGUAGAGCUACUGUAUAGUAUCUUUAUAGAGCAGCCAUCUUUGAGGCUUUGGAUGUGAGACUGAAUCUGUCAGCUGUAGAAAUAGCUUUACACGGAGCCAUCGCACUGACCGGCUCUAGCUUAAUGUAUUUGCCCUCUCGGCUGUGGUUGCUCCAGAGCCACCUGACUGCCAUCAUAUGGAGUUACUAUACCGUUACUUUACGAAGCCAUGUAUAGAGCUAUGAUACACUAUCAGUAUACAGCGACAUAACUGGCCAUAGAGCGUUUUUAGGGCCACCUGACUGCUAUAGUUCUGCCUGAAUCGUUUGUGUGUGGAUGUGUGUGUGUGUGUGUUUGUUAGUUUGCGUUAUAAACCCUCAAAGGGAAUGUCAUUACAAAUGAGAUGUGGAGUGUGUGAGGGAUGACAGUUGUGGUAGCUGUUUUUAUUUCCUGCUCUUGUGGAAGGGGAAAAAAGGGAUUUUACUGAAACAAAAAUAAUUCAUCUUUAACCAUCAGUCUGCCUAAAUGUUAAUCUAAGAGAGCAGAGGUGUCCGAAAGAAUGUGUAGUUCAUCAGUGUUUUCUGCUUCAAAUGCAACAUAGUAAACAAAGCCUCUCUAAAUGCCUUAGUGUUACACAGUACGGAGCUCUGAUACGUUUCCUUCCCUCAUGUACACUCACACACUAAUACAUCCUCCAAAAUAUUCACUCCCCUGGGUUUUCUUGGUGUUCUGCAGUAAGUAUAGUGAGCUCUAAUUUUGUAUUUUUGCGUCUUGGAUGAUUCGUUAUUGAUUGAUGCCUGUUUUUUGAUUAAAUGCUUGAAAGCCAGGUGGGAGUUUUCCAUUUCAAAAAGCCUCCGACCUUCGAUGUUCACACCCACCCAAACCUCACUGUAUUGCUCAGGUGGGACGACUCACGCAACAAUUUGAACCUUAACCACACACUCUGUACAGUUGUUGGUACUAUUUGAUGUGACAAAAUGCUGGCACAGUAUCUGCAGCGCGGCUCGGAGCAAAUCUGACAAAACAAUAGACUGUUAAUAAAUUAUUGUAUUUCCAAUUUGGCUCUUUUCAGUGUUGAGCACCUGAUGCCGUAUGCAGUUUUACUUUUCUGGCAUUUGUUUGUCUCUGUCCUGUGCCAUUUAAUCCUGUCUGUAUUUCCACUGUCUGUAAAUUAGCGCUACACGUGCCUGUGGAAAUGUACCCCCUGCAACUUCCUCUCUUUUCCUGGCUCAGUACGCUUACAGUCCUCACACAUAAACUGAAUAUGUAGGCCUACAGUUUCUUUGCACCUGCACCGAGACGUUAUGCACAACACACCUAUAAGCGAACAUGUAAUGAUGACACUUAUUCAUGCCCAGCUGGGGGUUGUCAAGCACCAGGCAGAAGUAAGCCAAGGACGUCACUUCCCCAGGUGUUUUUUUUGGUGAGCGGGUGGAAUGUCAGAGGCAAGCUCAGGGAGUGGGUCUUCACAGAGCAGCACGGGCCCGUCGGACUGAAGGUCAUGGAGGAAUCAUGUAGUGACGUCUGUGUGUGCAUCCCGCCGGAGAGGAAAAGUCUUCUGACGGGAACACCCGACUGAUUUCUGUGGUUUGACAAAUUUACUUUUGCCAAAAAAAUGAAUAAAAAUAGAAAAUUGGACCAGCUUGGGGAUGAUGAGAGGGAGGCGGUCAGCUUUAGGAUUCACCCCUUAAAUAAGUAGGGGAUGGUCUUCUUAAAGUUUCUUGCCCCCGUCCCGACCCUCGCUGCAUCUGUGUUGGUGCGUCUCUGUGGGAAAGACACAGUGUGUAUGUGAUUCUGUAGUCUGUAGUCUGGUGCUAUGUGACCAUGUUUGACAAGUGUGUAAAAAAAAAUAACAGCAACAUUUAGAGUAAAAAAAAAAGUUUAAUCAGUCAAAUUUUAAGUGAAGUUAUAAAAAAUAUAGGAAUUCAGCACUGUUGAUAAGUUUGAGAUCUGAAGUCAAAAUGUUUUGAAUUUUUAGUUUUUAUUUCUUGUACGUGUGAGUUUGAAUGUUUGUGUGUGUGAAAGAUUUAGCUCCUUCUUUUCUGGGCACUGGUCCAUGUCGCUCCAUUCUUUUGUACAGAUGAAGCUAAAAAAAAAAAAAAGAAGAGGGCAAAAUUUGUAAAAUAUUGUGUCUGUGACUCCUUGUAAAAUAUUUUCAAAUU